GAAGCAGGAUUCCUGUUCGAAAAUGUCGAUUUUCCGUUUGCGUUUGCUCGUCAUAAAAUGUUUGCAGAAGAAACAGGAAUUACUAAGGUGAAAACGGUGCGCUUCAGUGAGCAUGAGAAUGACAAGUUGCUUGCAUCUGGCAAUGAUGAUAACUUAAACAAGACAAAGUAUGUGAGUACUCCUGUGGAAGGAGCUCAGCUCCCUCUGAAAACAACAUCCCCGAGUGUGGAGGGCAGAAGUAACACACUAAGUUCUCAUAGUCGAAGUUCUAAGUCAACAGAUGCCAAGACAGAAGACCACAACAUGAAGAUACCAAACUGGAGGAAAAAGAUCUUAAAGUUCUCAGUAACCUUGAUGUUCUUUGUGAUGGCCAUUGGAGUCAUUGUUAUAUGGACGCUGCAUGAAGGCGGUGGUGAAAUCAUGAAGGAAGACGGCCUCUUCACCUUCGAUACAGAUGAACUAGAACUUUUCCUAAAUCUAAGAGAAGAAGAAAAUGCCAUCAAAUUAAAUCUUGGUGGCGUUGAGCUUAAGACACUAGUGAAAGAUACAUCGGUGAAUGACAAAUGUGAAAACCCUUCAAACAAAUACUGCUACGUUCUGGCUGAUGGGACAGCCCUCAAUUUACGGUCUUCACAGAUGUAUGGUGUACAGUGUUACCAUGUCAGCUGGAAGAACCUGACCUCUUUCUUACCAGAAGACUGUCUUGAGCUAAAUCAUGGCUUCUGGUAUGGCUUUGUAAAUAACAAGAAUCCAUCUAGAAACACUUGGCCUAUACAGAAUAUGCAAAUCUCUAAACGGGCAAUACUGACUGGUCACAACAAGGGCAUUGGUGACAUUUAUGAUUAUUAUUGGUUGUCUAGUACAGGAACAACAUUUUAUAUCAUCAAUGAUGUUUCUGUGCAGGUAUCUUUUAAUCAUUCCAACAACAAUUUGUUCUGUCUUUCUCCUGUUUCUAAAGAAACAUCCAGCUCUCUUGAAUAUGCUCUUUGUCAAGGAUCAUCCAUGAAAGAGGCUCACAUUGGUACAUCGAAAAAAUUUGGCUUGCAACCUGCAGUUUCUUUCAAUAAUACAGACCUUGAAUGGAUAAUGGAUUUCAUUUGGGACACCCAGAGUCUUGUAAUAGAGGAUACAAAAGAGUUAAUUGACUUCAUUGUGAAUGCUACAACUAGCUAUAAUCUUAGUUGUAGUUUGAUAGAAAUACCUUUAAAAUUUGUUAGUCAUUUUGGAGAUUUCAAAAUAAGUUCAGACAUUGCAAAGUCUUUGGAGGAGCUUAAAAAUUUAAAAUGUAGUAUGCUGUUCAAUGUGUUCCCUGUCUCUUCAUUUGAGUCUUUGAAUUUUGUUCCUGGUAUAAGAUCCAAGAUGUUUAUUGAAAACUCCUUUAGCGAUGCCACCUAUUUACAAAACUAUAGGGAUACACAAUGUGCAAUAUGGGAUUUGUGGAAUCGUAAUGUACAAAGGUUUCUUUUGAAAGAGCUUUCUAAGCUUAUGGUUAGUUUUAGUAUUCAGAAAUUUAAUUUACUUACUGUACCAUCAGUUGAUAGACUGGAAAAUAACCGGCCAAGCAGAACAAAAGAAUUAUAUACUUAUUGGCUGAAUUUGUUAGGCAAUUUGACAGCAUGGCCCAAUUUUCAAGAAGCAACCUACAGAACUCAAAACAUUCCCUCUGUAAUUGAAAUCAGCUUCAAACAAGUUCCUAGCGAGAAAAAUGCUUCCCAGAUUUGUCUGUCUAACAGUAUUCCAAAUUUACUUACGGUAUCAUUAUAUGGAUACCCUCUCCUUGUUUCAACCUUAGAUUUGUCAACUAUGAAUGAUAACGUAGAUCCAGAAAUACUUUUAAGAUGGCUACAGGUUUCUACUUUCAUUCCAGCAAUGAAACCUCCUGUUGCAGCUUUUAUUCAAAACAAAAACAUUCUCUCAUAUGCAAGUAAUGAAAUUCUUGGUCUUCACAAGUCAAUUUAUAGAGAAAUAGAUCUUCAGAAAUAUUUGGUAAACUCUGACCAGCCCCUUAUCCGACCUAUUUGGUGGAUAACACCUGAUCCAAAAACAUUCACUAUAGCAGAUCAAUUUUUAGUUGGGGAUGAUAUAUUAGUAGCACCAGUUUUCUGCUCGGGUCAGAGGUUUAGAGAUAUCUAUUUGCCAGAAACAGCUGUCAAAAGUGUUUGGCAACACCAUUUCAGAAAUGGGACAAUUAGGAAUUUUGCCGCUGGCGGUUGGUUAAGAAAGUUUCAUGUGGCUGCAUUUGAAAUUCCAUAUUUUUUAAGAAAAGAUGUACAUCCAAUAGCAAGUUCAGAUGAUUAAGGUUGUGUUGUUUUUCCAUAACAUAAUUUCAGUAUGAAUUUCAGGUUUUGAAAUAUUUUAAAGUAACCAAUGAUCGAAAGAAGAAUUUAUAUUACAUUUAUAUUCAUUUUAUGUAAUAUUUAUGUACUGUAUCAGUAGAUGAACUUUUGGGGUUCAGUUUGGAAGGUUAUCAAUUCCAGUUCUAUUUUAUUUUUUCAAAGUUGUUUAUAUAUGAAUAAAAAAAAGUUGUGCUGCCAGCGGGGGAUACCAUAAUGCACUGUUGAAUACAUAUUCAUUAAAGAAUGGUUGUACUGAAAAGGCUGUUUGAUCUUUAAAGUAACGAAAUUACAUUUCUGUGCAAUACUGUAAACAUAUUAUAUUUGGCGGGUACAAUAUUUGGCGGAAAUAGUUUUUGAACAAGUUGGUCUGAAUUUGAAUUAGCAUAUUCCUGAAUGUGCAUGACUAUUCUUAUAAAUAUAUGCAUGGCAUUUAGCGAUGCACUUGAUUUUAGUGGAAGCCACAUUCUGCCGAAAACGUAAAAAAAAGAAUACACAGCCAAAUGUAGUAUGUGUACAGUAUCAAUGAAAUUUGUAGUCAUGCCCAUUAAUGGUGUUCAAUUUGUUAUGAAAACUCAAAUCCUCACCCAUGGAAAGCUGGUUACAUGUUUUUAGCUGUUAGAAAUUGUUCUUCUUGUUAAUGUAUUUUUUCAAUAUGCAUAUAUGCGUACAUGUUUUUCUCUUGCAAUAUGUCUUCAUCAUCUCUCUAGUCAUGGGGAUAUAUUUAGAAUUCUCAAUUCAUUCCAUGCGUUAUAGCUUGUGUGCAGUGAUCUGUUUGGCAUUACCUCCAAUUAUGAACAAAGAUAUGAUGUUCAUUUGUUAUGCAUAAUCAAAUUAUGAGAUCAGGACUGUUAAUUAUUGCUGUUAUCAUGCUUAGAAUGUUGAUUGUGUACCUGUAGUUAUAAGUUUACCUUGUGUAUACAAUUUCUUUGAGAUUUAGCAGUUACUAGAAUAGUAUCAUUGUAAAGAAAUCCUUUUAAAAUUAUGUGUUAAUUUGCUACAAAUUUAUUUAUUGUAUAUUGCUGUGUGAGAUCCAAAUAGCUAUUUUGCUUUAACUAUUUUUUUUUACAUCAUUCAAACUAUGUUAUCCCCAUUGUUACUACUUACAAUUUGUCCUUGAUGUACUACAGUUGAACUUCGAUAUCACGAACACUGAUAUCUCGAAUACAGUUGAUAUGUCAAAGUGAUUUGUAAGUCCAAACCACCAUUUUUUUUUUCAUUUUUUUAACCUAGAUAUCUCGUAUACUCAGAUAUCUCAAAGUUUUUAAACAGUCCCAUCUUGUUCCAGAUUACAAAGUUUGACUGUACAUGUACUUCAGGGAUAGAAAACGAAUAUUAUAUACAUGUUCUGAAAUGCCCCUUUUAUUGUCAAUGAAGAGAGAAAUUUCUUAUGAAGUUUUACAACAGCAAACUGUCUGUCUUUAAAUUACUAGUAAUUCAAAUUAUUGUCAUCACAAAAUGUAGAAUGCAUAUUCUUGCAUUCUUUUCAACUGGCCUAACUUUAUUAAUGGAUCAAUUGUCUUGCACGUCUAUGAGAUCCAUAUUUGUUGACUAAUAAACAAUACAUUAUACAGUUUAGAUUGUAGUGAGAAAGAAUGUAAAUAAGAGUUUUUAGAUUGCUUUUUUGUUUUAAAAUUCUUCAUAUUGUAUUUAUACAUUUUCAAAUGUCUCAAUUGUUUUGAAACUGUUAAAAAAGAAUUAACAUAUGUCAGAAGUAACAUUUUUUUGGUUACUCUAACUACUGUAUAAAGGAAAAUAUUCGCCCCCAUGUUAUAAAUGCCCCUGUGUCUGGGCAAAUUCAAGAUGGGGCGAAACUGGUUUUAAAUGUAGAAGUGCGAAAAUUACGUGGGAUGAAAAUAACCCUGUAUAUAGUAUAGAUCUUUUUUUGUUUUUUGUUUACGCAUAAUAUUUUAUAAAUACUGUAUUAUGUGAUAAUUAACAAAAACUUAGCUUUUCAACGUUUUCAUCUUGAUGAUAUAUUCUUUAGUUUCAAAAACUAUUUUUAUGAUAUAGGAACUCGAAAGUAAAUAUCACAAAAAACCCUAAUAUAUGUACAUUCAAACUAAUAGCAGAUCUUCUUAAACAGUAAUUCAAUUUUAGAAAAAAAAUGUUAUUCUUCGUUUCAAAUAUCAAAUGAGGUGUGUUCUUUGCGAGGUUUUUUCUUCUUUAUACAUGGACUAGUAUAUUUUACAUUUAUGGUUGCAAAUCCAAGUAAGGCAUUUGUGCUUCUCAUUAAUUUUUUUUUAAUUGGAAAUAAGUAACUUCAUUUAGCUUAAUUUUGAUAGCAAAUAGAAGGUAAAAAGGAACAUCUUAAUAACUCAUUUUUUUUUCAUUUUGACAUUGUGUUGAAAAUAUCACUUUUUUGGCAAAUGUGCAGUAAGACAAAGGUAUCUAACAAUUUCCACAUCUUUGAUAAAAUUUCAAACCUGCAACACAAAAUACUCAUAAAUAUUUUCCAACAAUUUUCUCAAAAACUAAGUCUUGCAUUUAAUUAAGUCUUCACAGUCGAAGUGGUAGUUUAGCUAAUAUGAAUUUAUAUAUAUAUAUAUAUAUAUAUAUAUAUAUAUAUAUAUAUAUAUAUAUAUAUAUAUAUAUAUAUAUAUAUAUAUAUAUAUAUAUAUAUUUGGUGCAUUUUACUUUGACAUAUUUUCUUACAUAUAUUGAAUAAUGGAUUAUCAAUAUUCACAAAUAAAUGAGCACAUUUUUAACUCGAAUAGUUAAAAAUUGUUUAAAAAUGCAUAAUUGAUAUUAAAAUAAUCUAUUUACUUCUUGUAGUACAUGUAAAGGAAAUCCAAAAUUAACAUUAGUUUUAGAAUCUUAAGAGGAUAGAGUCUCAGCAAGUUUUUAAGUAUUCAUUAUAAACAAACAAAUUAAGAAACAAAAUAAUAAGAACUCUUUAUUUAGUUCUUGGUAGUUCUACUUUAAUUUUUUUUUAGCAAUUCAAACAAACGUGUUCAGUUUAACAAUGCAUUUUGAAACUUUGAAAACAGUUAUACAUCAACUUGCAUGCAUUUACAUAGAAAUUAUGAAGCCAAUAUUUGAUAUCGGAAUUAUACUUGUGUAUAUAUAUAUAUUAACAAUUAAUAAACCACUUAUAUUUUGCUUUUCUAAUAUCAUUGCAGAUUUAUUCCAUUUCAUAUUAAAUUGCACUCUGAUUAUAUUAUAUUAAAAUACAGAUCUGUACAAUGGCGCUGAACCCUGUGCUUUUGAAGAGAUCGGUAUUUUGAUUAUAUCAAAUGCCUACUGACUUUAGGUGAUAAUGAAACAAUAGCAAUGAUUUGAUGUAUUCAGUCGAUAAGUUUUUAACACUUAAAUUUUUUCAUAAAAUGGAUGUUGUCUUAUAUAAGGGUUGCUUACCAAAAAUUCCUGUAUUCAUUUUUUUUAUAAUGAUGUCUUCAUUCAAUUAUGUACAUUUUUGUUUUUGAACAUUUUGAAAAUUGAUUUCAGUUUGAAACUCUUAGAUAUUAAUGUGAUUUUCAAAAUACUGUGACUUUUGGUUCAGCGAUAUUAUACUAGUACCUUUAAGUUAGCAUUUUACAUGCAAUAUUUAUGAAACGGGUGUUAUUUUGAAAAUGCUGUUGUUAAAUAACUGUUCUAAGCAUGCUGUGCAGUCAAUUAUUUCAAAGGUCAUGAAACGUUUAUUUUGAGUAUAAAGUUAUUUAAACUUGCUAUUUAUUUACUGUAGCUGUUAAAAUUUUUCAAUAACAAUAAACAGUUGAAAAUUG